AUGACUACAAAUAUUCAAACAAGAAUUGACCAAGUAAUACACUGUAAUAACCAACUUCAGUCAUUCUUAAAUAUGGUAAAAUUCUAUGAACUAUCAAAACGCAUUAAUUAUAAAGAAAAAUAUCAAAACGAAAUUGAUCUCAUUGCAAUCAAACAGUUAAGUAACACUAUUGAAGUAUUACAACAAGGAGAAGAUUCAGUCGAUCAGAUAGAGUCAGAAAAGAAAAAGAUUAUUGAAAGUAUUGAAAAGACAUUAAAAAGUGUUGAGUUAAUUUAUCAAGAAUGCAUAAAAAAUAGGGAGUACAUAAUGAAUACAAAAAUUGAAAUGAUUAAUGCAUUAAAAGAGAGAGAGGAGAGUCAACAUAAUUACAUAAUUGCAGAAAUGGAAAAGAAAUUAAAUGAAGAAAAAUUUAAGUAUGAAUCUAUAAAGAAACAAAAUGAAAUCAAAAUAGAGAAAACUAAGAAAAAAAUUGAGGAAAAUAAAAAGAAAAAUAGAGACAAUACAAUUUCACUUUAUGAACAUCCUACUCUUAUUUUCAAAGAAAAUAACAAACUUAAGAAAAUAGAAGAAAACAUUUUAAGACAGCCCUUUGAUAUUAGCAUUGAUGAAGAUAAUACUAUCCCUUUAAGUACAGACAGUAUGAGUCAUGGCGAUAUAAAGAAGUUAAUACAAGAGAAGAUUUCUUCAUGGACCUCUUUCAGUUUUAAACAAGUCAUAUUUAAUAGUGAUCAAAACGAAUGGAUAAAAGGAAGUUGUGUUUUUAAUGAAAAAGUAUUAAAUCAUAAUAACCUUGCUUUUAUUAUUACAGAUACUAAUAAAAAUAAAUUUGGUGGAUUUAUUUAUCAAAGUGUCUCUAUGGAAGAAUCUUAUAUUAGUGAUCCUCAGGCUUUUUUGUUCACUAUCCAAAUCAAUAAUAAAAUAGAGUUUAAUAAAUUUGAUAUCACUAACCAACAAUAUGCGUUUUAUUUGACUGGACCAAAAACAAAACGGUUAUUUACUUUUGGAUUCGGGGGAUAUGAUCUUACUGUUAUGAAAAAAGGAGAGGAAGGAAGUAAAUGUCAUCAACGCACUUACCAAUACAAUGGUCAUUCUUUAUGUGGAAGUGAUCACUUUACACCUCAACACAUUGAAGUUUGGCAGUUUUCUUAA